UUCCGUUGUAAACUUUCCUAUUUCCGGUGUUUCCCGGCUGAGAAGAAAGAACAAUUUUCUGCGCGCUUUCCACCAUUAUUUUGUUUUUGCUUGCUUUGCAGGAUCAUGAGUUCUGCAAGCAAGGUUGGUGAGAUAUUCACUGCUGCUGGGGCGGCCUUCAGUAAGCUUGGAGACCUUACCAUGCAGCUACACCCAACAGCAGAGCCCAGCCCUUCAAGUGGGAAGUGGACACAACAAGAAAUUGAUCUGUUGAGAAACACUGUAAAAAGAUUUGGUGAUGACUUGGACAAAUUAAGUGACGUAAUUAAGUCGAGGACAAUCACCCAGAUUCGAACACAAAUGAAGCGGAAGUCGUUUGAGGAUGCAGGUCUGCCCCAGCCCACAGACUCCCCAAAGAAGGUGGUAAUGGAGAAAAAACUUGUUGCCGUGGCUGCUGCUCCUACUACUGCUGCUGUGGGCGGGGAACCACAAGCAAAGAAACAGAAGAAUGAUGUGACACUCAGUGCGUUGAACGCUCCUGAAAGUGAUGUUGACAUUGAAGGUGAUUCCUCAUCCUCUAAAAAAUUAGAGUUUGACUCAGAUGUUGAUUCCAGUAUGCUGUGACUAAAGAUACAAGGUUUCAUCAAUGCUAUAACUUGCUUGUUAAAAGACUUUGUAAAGCAGUCUUCAGCUGACUAGUCGUCUCAAAGUCCAAUUUUCCUUCUCAUGUGUAAUAUCACGGAAUUAGAUUAGACUUCCUUAGUCCGUGGUAAUAUGUGUAUGGACAAAAAAACACUGUUGAGAAAAUCUUAUUUUUUUUACCUCAAAGAUUUUUAUCACAAUCGUCAUAACCACCGAUGUUGUCACAUUUAUCCAUUUUUUUGGAAAAUGUGUGUGUGUGUGUUUGUGUGUGUGAAGCUGUGUGUAUAUGUAUGACUUUAUGUGUGGUUUAAGAGAGUAAAUAUUGCUUGAUUACUUCUGAGGUCAUUUAUUAAAACCAAGAUCUUAUAAUGUCAGAGAGAAAAUAAAUAAUUUUUGAUUACCCCCCUUUCAUUUCACAUACUUUUCAAAAAAGAUGUUUAUCAAAUAUGAUAUGGAAUAUUAGAAAUACAAAGACUGUUAUAGCUAUAAAAAUUGUUUGAUAUCAUAAUGUUAUUAUCCUUCAACUUAUGUAUGAAGUAGAUAUGAUGCUGAAUGAAUUCGGAUGAUUUUUACAUUAAAAAAAAUUGUGAAAAUACAUGCAUACAUUUUACUCAUAUCUAAUUGUCAUUAGUCAUUAAGGUAUUUUGUAACCAAUUAAAAUGGCUGAAAAUUUCCCAGAUGGCUGUGUGAAAGAAUUUUUAUAAAAUUGGCAAAACAAAUGCCCUGUAAGAAGCUAAGGGAGGUAACUCCAUUGACUUGUGGGUGUACAAGGGAAGAGAGAUGAUCCUAGAGAGAGUGUGUAUAUAACAAGUUUUAUGUUGGUAGGCAGCAUCGAUACAAGGCAUUGCAUUGUAAAUUGUUUGUGUACAUAAUGUGUAGCUUUAAAGUUUUUACUGUAAGUUCAAUUUUAUAUUUAAAUGUUUUAGUAACAGCAGUCUUCAUCUUGUUCAUUGUAAAAAAGCAUUCUCAUUUCUUUUUGUAAAUAUGUAGUAUAAUUAUCAUUGUUGAUAUAAGUCCACUUCGGUAUAAACCAUGAUGUGUUCCGUGCCACAGAGGUCUGUCAUAAUGUGUGAAUUUUAAGAAAUUGGCCAUUUUCUAACUGCUGUAUAUAUUCACAAUUUAGAGGGAUAAAUUUCAUUGUUAAAAUAUACAUACAACAUGUAUUGAUUUUUUAGGACUUUAUGUCCCGGACCAUAACUGAUUCAGAAAAUCAUGUUCCUGAUGUAAUUCGUAAGAGCACAUUUGAUACAUUGUUGGGCGGAUAAGAAGAAUUAAAAUAGGUAUAUGUAACAUCUCAUCUAUUCAGACGUCGGCCUGACACAGAGUAGUAAUACCUCGACAUAAGGCUUGACGGAAAAUUCAAUUCUCAGAUUUGCUGUAAAACAAAACAAAAUUAUAGUGUUAUGUUCCUCGCUUUAUUUACCACCUCGUUUUCCCAAAAAAUAUUUGAAGGCUUUUUCUCUUCUUUUUUUUAACAAAGGAAGUUUCCCUCGAUGUAUUGCCAAACCCAUCUUUAACACCAAAAUUUCUCAAAUGGUGACCACAUACUAGAGAGCUCAUCUACAUGUUUAUGUAAGACAUUAGUAUCCCUCUCCCUGAGAAAGACGAACUAAAGAUUGGCUGUGUUAAACAUAUACCAGCAGUCAAUCAUCCAGUUAUUUGAUACCUGGUACCUCUAGUAGAAUUUUCUCAUCAAGGCCUUUACAAGAAUAUCCUAACCUCGAGAUUUUUCAAGUGGAUGGGGCAAGGUUGAUGAGGAUGACUUCUAGCAUGUCUUAAUUCCUUUUCUCUGUGAUUGUAAACAUGGUACUGUUCUUUAUAGUAACACAAUCUGCGUAUAAAA